AUGGGCAACCAGGUGAUCUGCUGUGUGGCCCUUUGUCUCCUCGGAGCAGGCACUGUGGAUGGCGGGGUCACUCAGACCCCAAAAUACCUGUUCAAAGUGGAAGGACGAGAUGUGACCCUGAAAUGUGAACAGGAUUUUGAUUACGACGUCAUGUACUGGUACCGACAGGACCCAAGACAAGGGCUGAGACUGAUCUACUACUCUCAAACUGUAAAGGAUGUUCAGAAAGGAGACAUAGCUGAAGGAUACAGUGCCUCCCGGGAGAAGAAGUCACUCUUUCCUCUCACCUUGACAUCGACACAAAAGAACCAGACGGCUCUCUAUCUCUGUGCCGCUAAUAUAGACACAGGUGUCUCUUGGGACAAGCAAUUUUGGGGAACAUGUGGGGAGUCCCUGACCAUUACGGCUAUCUGUAAGAGUGGAGCGUCUGUGACCAUCCAGUGCCGUUCAGUGGACUUUCAAGCCUCAACUGUGUUUUGGUAUCAUCAGUUCCCAAAACAGGGCCUCGUGCUGAUAGCCACUUCUAAUGAGGGCUCUGAUGCCACAUACGAACAAGGUUAUACCAAGGCCAAGUACCCCGUCAGCCACCCAAACCUCACAUUUUCAUCUCUGAUGGUGACAAAUGUGCAUCCUGCAGACAGCAGCCUCUACUUCUGUGGUGCCAGAGACACAGCGCUGGGCGGAGAUCAGAGACCCAAACAAGAACCUUUGUAA